GCAGGAUUUCUACUUUCGCUUUCAACUAAAUGUGCAGUGCAGUUUGACGCCGGCUCAGCAGUGACAUGUUUCAUUGAAUCCCAGUUCCGGGAAGAGCCCAGCACAUUGGCAUACAAAGGCUGCUGCUGACUCCUACCUCAGACUUCAGCGACAAUGCGUUCUCUGGCAAGAGUACGGCUGACAUUCAACACUAUCGUCCUCGACGUUAACAGGACAGUUACCACCAUCAUCUAACAUGAAAACAUCUGUCACAAUAAGGCAGUAGGUGGUGCGGCCCGGAACAAAUGGAUUUUCUUUCCCUUAAUGGGAUUUUAUCCUUCAUGCUUGGUCUCUGCUGGAAAACCCGACUGACGGCGUCAAACAACAUUCCAAACAUUUGGCCAAUGGAAACUAACGAUAUUGCCUGCCUCACGCAGCCGUGCCCUGAUCCCAAAAGCACAGAAUGGCAGCACCUUCAGGAGCUCUGUUGUUCUCAGGGUGGAAAAUUUCACUGUCAAUCGAACGACCUUUCACUUAGCAAGCGACUGUGCAUGGAGCCCAUAGAGUGUCCAGCAGGAUUCUAUGCGAACAUCAUGUUAGUUUCGUGGCCAUUUACAGAUGAGUCUCUGUGUCAGCUGUGUCCACUCACUGAGUUUCAGCCAGCCCCUACUCCAUCCCAUUACUUCACUAGAAGUCAUUGUCACAAGAAACACACGCAAUGUCCAUUCCCUCAGACUCUUACGGAACAGUUUGGAAAUUCUACCUCCGAAUUUAUGUGUAGGUGCAACUAUUUAAAUGGCUACCGACCUGUCCCGAAGGCCAAUCAUGACUGCAAAGCUUUUGCAUCAUCCUCAGACUGUGUUUGCAAGCUGGAUCCAUGUCCAAUUGGCCAGACACUUAAUUCAACAGAUUAUACUUGCAUAAAGCUGACGGCAGAGGUUCUUGAAGAUGUGCAAAAGGAAGCAUCUGAAAAUCUGCUGAGUAAUCUGGACACGCUUCAGCAGCAACUCAAGCGUUUGGUGGACAUAACAAAAAGGCUUGCAGAACCACCGAAACAAGCUGAAUAUCAGUGGAAGGCUGCCUUUAUUCCGUUUGGUGAACCAAUGUGCUGUGUUGAGGAAGGGAAAACCCAGCCUCCAGUGACGUUUAUGUCACCGUACCCUUUGUAUUUUCUUCAGGACUUUUCUUCCCAUCCUUUUGCUCUCAUUUCCGAAGACGACCUGUGUGUGUCUGUUUCUCCAAUUAGUCUAAUUGCAGUGUUGACAAUUUUACUCAUCAUUGCCGUUGAAAAUAUCCAGCUUUUCUCCAGAAGUGAAAAAAAGACUCAAGUGCCACAUACGUACAUUCGUUUGUCUUUAACAACCAAGAAAGCCAUGGGAAUAGUUCAGAAGGAAAUCGAAAACAUUCUACCUUUCCUUGAGCGUCAUUACGGACGUCUUGUUGUAUCAGUUAGCCCAAAGAAGAGACACAUUACGUUAGUCGUGAAACAAGGACAAGACCAGACGCCAUUUCCUCUUCGCACAUUUCUACGAGAUAUUUUUAGUCCACUUUCUAUGAAAAACCUAAAACGCUGCGAGAAAGAGGCUGACCCGCCAGUCAAAGUUUUCGUCCUUACAGGAAUGACUACAGACUUAAAGGAAAUUAAACAGAAAUUUUUAACUGCCUGUUUUCAAGAGAACAUGGCACACAAUAAAGGGGAAAUAACGCUCCUGCUUCCAGAAAAGAAAACACAGGACGCCCUACUUAAGAAAUUACAAUGGACUCGGAGUAGUUUGAAAGAUGUGUUUUCAAAAUAUCACCUACAUCUUGACCUUGUUCAAGAAGGAAGCAUAAGGUUCAAGCUUCGUCUUGCCAGUUGCCCAGAGACGCUAGAUGAACUCGCCCACGACCAACGAAUUAUACAAAUAACGCAGGAUCUCUUCUUGCACGAGAGCUUCAGGGAACUUGCUUGCGGUCAGAAUCUCCCUGUGCAGUUCACCUGCAGUGUCAAGAUGGAAAAUGUUUCCGUUCUGACGGCGAACAACCUGUAUGUCCAAAUCGGGAAACACAACAAGGUGACUGUUGUUGCAUCGCCUGGGCAUCAUGCUGACGGCGGAGAAGACGAGGAAAAGAACGAAGAAAGUUAUAUCAUAAUGGCUGAUAACAGUGUAGAUGUUACUGCCACCAUAGAAAGCGUUGUAGCAUUUCAAGUUAUUCCACGCAAGAACCACCCCCAAGAACAAGUUCCCGACAAUGGACGCCCUGCCACAACACUAAAGAAAAACCAGAUGAAGAUCGUAGUGAAGUGUGAAGACGAAAGACUGGCAAUCAGACUGGAGAUUGAGUGGUCAAACGUUCUGCCUCUUCUCCAAAACCACCACCCGGGGUGGAGAAUGACGAGGUAUUCCAAGAAAAUACUGUGGGAUCGAACUGCACGGGAAAAUGUUGAGAGAAACCAGCUGCUGUCGUUUCUGUGCGACAUCCUCGCCCCUAAGCGAGUCCAGCACCUAACUCGCAACCAUUUUCCACACAUCGAUGUUAACGUGGGGGAAGAACUGCGCCACGCCAUAGAUAAACCACCACAAGUACAGCAAGUACAGCAGGUCCAGACGAGGCGCACUUACAUUUGUCAGUCAUUAAGAACUGCAAUCACCCGACAUUUCUACAAGAUUCCGCUAAAUGCUAUCUUUUUUUGUCUCUUAUAUAACUUUCUCUCGAUGCAUUGGGAAGAACCUGAACAGUUACCUUUGGCUGAUGUAACUUUAAAACCAACUGGUGCGCAAUACACGUGGUUUUUUCUGCCAUAUCUUUACAAUUUCACAACUAUUUUUAAAGUUUAAAGAUACCUUUGGUAUAUUAAGUUAUAUUUCAUAAAAGUUAUUUUUUGAAAGUUAGAUGACUGAAUACUUAAACUAUGCUGUCCUUAUAUUUUUCUUGCUCGCUUUCAAUUCUAACUCCGUUAUCGUUCCCUUGUGAGCUUUAACGGCAAAUGAACAACAAGCAACAAAGAGUAAAUAAAUAUUUAGUUGAGAUCUA